CACACACUCUCCGCUCUCUUCGGGUUAAGUCGUCCAGUCUCGGUAGAAAUCGGCAUAUAUCGACUGAAAACCAGAGAAGAAACAACAUCCGCGAUGGGAGCUGUCCUCGGCUUGUGCUCCAUGGCGAGCUGGAUCCCAUGCUUGUGCGGCAGCGCCCCCUGUCUGCUGUGUCGAUGCUGCCCUUCUGGAAACAACUCCACGGUGACACGCCUCAUCUAUGCCUUCUUCCUGCUCCUGGGCGUGGGUGUGGCCUGCAUCAUGUUGAUGCCUGGCAUGGAGGUUCAGCUCAAGAAGAUUCCAGGUUUCUGUGAGGGGGGGAUGGGCUCCUCCAUUCCCGGCGUGGAAGGCCGCGUGAACUGUGACGUGCUGGUCGGCUACAGGGCUGUGUACCGCGUCUGUUUCGGCAUGGCCAUGUUCUUCCUGCUCUUCUCUCUGCUCAUGAUCAAAGUGAGGAGCAGCCAGGAUCCUCGCGCGGCGCUGCACAACGGGUUCUGGUUCUUCAAAUGUGCCGCAGCUGUCGCCAUCACCGUUGGUUCCUUCUUCAUCUCAGAAGGUCCCUUCACCACCGUGUGGUUCUACGUAGGUAUGGCGGGAGCUUUCUGCUUCAUCCUGAUCCAGCUGGUGCUGCUCAUUGACUUCGCCCACUCCUGGAACGAGUCGUGGGUGGAGAAGAUGGAGGAGGGGAACUCGCGGUGCUGGUAUGCAGCUCUGCUGUCGGUCACUGCGCUCAACUACCUGCUGUCCCUGGUGUCUCUGGUCCUGUUCUACGUUUACUACACCCACUCUGACGGCUGCACCGAGAACAAGGUCUUCAUCAGCAUCAACAUGCUGCUCUGCCUCGGCGUCUCCGUGGUGUCCGUGCUGCCCCACAUUCAGGAGUCACAGCCGCGGUCCGGUCUGCUGCAGUCCUCCCUGGUCACCCUGUACACCAUGUACCUGACCUGGUCGGCCAUGACCAACGAGCCAGACAGAAAGUGUAACCCCAGCCUCCUUGGUAUCAUCGGGCUGAACAGCACCACUCCAGCUGGCAAGGACCAGGUCGUUCAGUGGUGGGACGCCCAGGGCAUUGUGGGAUUGAUCCUGUUCCUCAUGUGUGUCCUGUACUCCAGCAUCCGUAACUCGUCCACCACGCAGGUCAACAAGCUGACGCUGACCACCGACGAGUCGGCCCUGAUUGAAGACGGGCCUCAGAGCGACAGCUUUGAGGAGGGCGGCGGCCCCAACAGAGCCCUGGACAAUGAGAAGGACGGCGUCACCUACUCCUACUCCUUCUUCCACUUCAUGCUGUUCCUGGCGUCGCUCUACAUCAUGAUGACUCUGACCAACUGGUACAGCCCCGACUCUGCCAACGAGGCCAUGACCAGCCGCUGGCCGUCCGUGUGGGUCAAGAUCUCGUCCAGCUGGAUCUGCCUGGGCCUCUACGUCUGGACCCUGGUGGCGCCGUUGGUUCUGGUCAACAGAGACUUUGACUGAGUCGCUGGCUCUCUCGGCGGAGCGUCACUAUAGAAAGCUGCACCGCAUCACCUGCUUCAUCCGGACUCAGUUCUGCGCCGUUGGACCGCCUCACAUUCGGUCCAGCGACUCAGAACCCAACGGCAUGUUGCUUCAGACUCCGUGUCCCGUCAUCUUUGUGGUUCCUCUCGCUAACCCGACUGUAAAUAUGUGGUGAAAAAGUGAGUGCACGUGUUUCCCCUGUAGAUACCGCAUGAGCAGAACCGAACAGAACCUUGUUGAUACUGAAACCUUGGAGCUGUGAGACGGGAGCCGCUGCAGAACGAGCCCACAAACUGACACCGUUUGAUCCAUUUUCACAAUCAGUGUUGUGUAGUAUUAUUGUGCAUUUUGUUGAUGUGGUGCCCCCUGCAGCUUACACACAACUCUGUACUGCUUCUUAUUAACCGUGAAUUUAGUGUUGUUUUUUAGGUGAGUAUAAUGUGUUUAGUUAAAUUAUUUUGCUUUAUCGUUUUUAUUUGAGCUCUUCUUGUUCCUGACCAGGAUCUAACUAUAAAUAAAAUAAAAAAAUACAAAAUAA